AGCAGCCAUUAUCAUUGCCAUUGCCAAUGCGCCUGCUACACUACACACCAAAACCGUACCACUGAUCCAUAUGCCUCUCUCUCACUCUAUAUACAUGUUACUGUAGUAAGUAGUACUCCAGUAAUAAGUGGAGUAUAAUAAGUAGUGGUCGAUCGGUGAGGGAGCUGUUAAUAGAUCGAGUGAGUACUUAUUGUUAACUAACGAGUACCCCAGCUGGCUAGCUAAGCCUAUGCUAGCUGCUGGUUAAUACGUACUCCAGUUGGUUACCAUGCACCAAGCAGGGCAAGGCACUCCUGCUCCUACCGCCGCCGCGCCGAGCAGCCGCGCCCGCCGCAUUGCCCGCCGCACCCGGGACGGCUGCGCCGCAGCCCUCGCCAACACCCUCUGCUCCCUCCUCCUGGGCCUCCUCCUCAUCGCCGCCGUCGUCGUCUUCGUUAUCUGGCUCGGCCUGCGCCCGCACCGCCCGCGCUUCAACAUCGCCUCCUUCUCCGUGGCCGGCGGCCUCGACCCGGACUCUAGCCCGGCCGGUGCCAGCCUCGCAUUCAACGUCACCGACCGCAACCCCAACCGGCACAUUGGCAUCUACUACGACGCCAUGCACGCAUCCGUCCACUUCUACGACGCGCUCGUCGCCUCCGGCCCGGCCUUCGCCGCCGGUUGGUACCAGCCCAACAGGACCACCACCUCAAUCACGGGACUCCUCGUCGUCCUCGGCCCCGCCACCACCGACGCCUCCUGGCCCUCCUUCUCCGUGGCAGUCCGGGCCGGCCGCGUGCCGCUGCGCCUGCAGCUCACAACGGCCAUCCGCUUCAGGGUUGCCAACGCCUUCUACUCGGGCCGCCAGAGGAUGCAUGUCAGCUGCGACCUGCUCGUCGGCGCCCACGGCGACCUGCUGCCGGACUACGUCGGGGCCCCCUGUGACAGAUACAUCUGAUCUUGAUAUACAUAUACAUAAUUACAUAUACAUAACAUACAUACGUGUAUCUGAUCUGACUUCCUUGCUUUUAUGUUAAUUUAAUUUAUUAUUAAUC